GUCUGCCGCGCGGUGCGGGAGGGGGAGUGCCUGGGCGCGCCCGCGCUGGCGCUCGAGGGGUUGAGGCCCCUGGCCGCGCGCGCGGGCGCCGGCGGCGCGGAGCUGCUGCGGCUGGAGCGGCACGACUUCGAGCAGCUGCUGCCGCGGAGGCUGCGCGAGGAGCUGGCGCAGCAGUUCCAGCUGCAGGGCUCGCCAGUCGAGCUGCAGGACCUCCGGCACGUCAGAGUCAUCGGGAGCGGCGCAUUUGGUUCCGUCCGGUGCGUGGAGCACCGGAUGACGCGCUUCAGAUACGCGCUGAAGCGCGUGAAGCUCGUGGACGGGCAGGUGCCGGUGCUGGUCGCGCGGGAGCGCGACCUGCUGUCCGAGGCGGACCACCCCUUCAUCCUGCGGAUGGCGGGCGCCUUCGACACGGAGUGGGGCGCCUACCUGCUGACCGAGCUGCUCACCGGCGGGGAGCUGCUGGCAGCGCUCGACGCCGUGGGCCGAGUCCUGACCCGACAGGAGGCCCAGUUCUACGCGGGAUCGCUCAUCCUGGCGCUGGAGUUCCUGCACGAGGCCAACAUAGUCUUCAGGGACCUGAAGCCCGAGAACGUGAUGCUCGACACGCACGGCUACCUCAGGCUGAUCGACUUCGGCAUCGCCAAGAAGCUCCCCGAAGGCACAUGCCGUACCUUCACGAUCAUCGGGAGCUUCCACUUUAUGGCCCCGGAGGUGGCGCGUGGCAAGGGAUACGGCACGGAGGUUGAUGUCUGGUCACUGGGCGUCAUGCUGUUCGAGUUCGUGUGCGGCAUUCUUCCCUUUGGGCGGGAGCUCCCGGCGAACUCAGGGCAGCAGAUCCUCCGCGCAGCACAGGAGAGGUGAUUUUCCCCCCGUCAUUGAAAGAGUACGCGCCAGUAGUUGAAAGUAUCCGCCUUCCUACUUCAUGUUUUUCACCUACUUUUUCCGACCGACGUGUAGGCGAAGGUGCGGCCACGAUUUCGGUAGGCGGCCGGGUUCCAAUGUUCCAGGUUCCCGGGUUCCCUGUUCCGGGUUCCAGGCCGAUUUCGUGGUGAGAGCUAGGUUCCUUGGUUCUCUGUUCCGGCUCUGGAAUUCAUUCCCAGC